CGUUGGCAACAUGACAUUUCCUAUUGUCCCUCGUCCAGUAUUAGUAGCAGUAGUGUCGUCCUCACUGACAACCCACUACUCCCUCUCGUCGUCCCCCAAGAGCACGAGGCUCAUUACAGGGUCGUGGUCGCGCGCGUCGUUAAUGCGCGCAAAGAACAGCCAGCGUCUCACGCGAUAUCGCUCGCUUCCUCAUACCAGUCGUUCGUCGUCGCUCACUUUGGCUAUAGGCCGCCUGGAUCCCGUCGUCUUCGUCGUGGCCCUUUGAAAUUUCUUCUAUCUGCGAAAUUCGUCCGAGUGUCUUCGCCAGGACGUAGUGUGCAAGCUGCGACGGAAGGGAGGAGGACCUUUUUCUCGAUUCUCGAGAAUCGAACCGUCAAAGUGGGACUCGAACGAGUCCUCGCUGAUGUACGUGCGCGUCUUCGCAACUCGCCUGCGUUUCGACUGGUCGUCGGGUUUUUGAACGAAUUAAUCGAGGACAACGAGGAACUUAUUAAGAUGAAGCGGAUGAUGAAAAUCGGUAUCGCCGGGGUGAGCAUGUUUGUCUUCGGGACCAUGUUCGGCUGGGUGCUCUUUCCCAUGGUUCUCAAGUCGCAGGUUCACAAGCAAAUCGCAUUGAAAGAGGGAUCCGACAUGAGAGCGAUGUGGAGCAAAUUCCCGUUCGCCCUCGAAUUUCGAAUCUACCUGUUCAACAUCACGAACGCCGAUGAGAUAAAGAGCGGAGCCAAGCCAAUUGUCAAGCAAGUCGGCCCUUACUACUUCGAAGAAUGGCAGGAGAAAACCAAUCUGGUCGACCGCGAGGAAGACGAUACCGUGGAGUACAGCAUAAAGAACAAGUGGAUUUUCAGAGCGGAUCUCAGUGGAGAGGGUCUUACCGGGGAGGAGAUGCUCGUGCUGCCUCACGUUUUUAUUCUGGCUAUGGUCAUGACGACGGUUAGGGAAAAGCCGACUAUGGUUCCCGUCGUCAACAAGGCGGUCAACAGCAUCUUCAAGAACCCCGACAGCGUCUUUGUGAAAGUCCGAGCGAUGGACAUGAUGUUCGACGGUUUGCCCAUCGAUUGCACCGUCACCGAUUUCGCCGGAGGAGCCGUCUGCGGCAUGUUGAGGGACGCCGCCGACGAUCUGAUGAAGGACGGCCCGGACAAAUACAGAUUCUCUUUCCUGGGAGCGAAAAACGACACACCCACGACGAAGCGACUCCGAGUCUUGCGAGGUGUCAAGAACCUGAUGGACGUAGGGGUCGUCGUCGAGUACAACGGAAAGACCAACAUCUCCACGUGGGACGACGACUACUGCGACACUUUCAACGGCACCGACGGCACCAUCUUUCACCCCUUCCUCUACGAGAACGAGGACGUCGUCUCCUUCGCCCCGGAUCUCUGCCGGAGCUUGAGCACCACUUACGAGGAGAAGACCAACAUAGCCGGUCUGACCACGAAUCGAUACACCGCGUUCCUGGGCGACCCCAACACCAUUCCGUCGCAGCGCUGCUAUUGUCCGACUCCGGACACCUGCCUCAAGAAAGGAGUAAUGGACCUCUUCAAGUGCAUCGGCGCACCGCUCGUCGCCUCCCAUCCGCAUUUCUAUCUAGCAGACGAGGACUAUCUGAACAUGGUCGACGGCCUCAGACCCUCGAAGGAUGAUCACGGAAUCUUCCUGGACUUCGAGCCGUUCACCGGGUCUCCGCUGAGCGCAAGGAAGAGGCUGCAGUUCAACAUAAUGAUCCAGAAGGUGGAAAAAUUCAAGAUAAUGAAGAACUUCCCCGAGGCAUUGUUGCCGCUGUUCUGGGUCGAAGAGGGUAUCGUCUUACCGGACUAUUUGAUCGCCCAAGUGAAGGCUGGCCACAAAAUGGUCGCGAUCGUGGGUUGGAUGAAGUGGCUGAUGGUCGUGGGAGGCCUGGGAAUGAGCGGAGCCGCCGGUUUCAUGUACUACCAGGCUACCCAGAAGUCCAAGAAGCUGGAAAUCACAAAAGCCGUGACCAACGGCACCAAGCCCGGCAGUACAGAGAAAAAAAUAUCACCCAUCAACGUGAACACUUUGCAAGCGGCACAAGUACCACCGAAUCUUGACUAGAGCGAAGGUUUGAUUUUGUACUGGAUCGAUCCAAAGAAAGAAAACGCGGCGAUUAUUAUAUUACUAUUGAUUGUUGAUAAUUUUACAAUGUUAUGACGAUGUAUAUCAUUUAAGCUUAUUUCGUAAGGUACGUAAAUUAUGACUCUAUUUUCAUGUGUAUAAAUAUUAAGUUAAGUAUACAUAAGAAAGAGAGAGCAACGACGAAAGCCGGUGAAGCCGAGAACCGUCCAAUUACUCAUUCACCAGAAAUUAUACUUUUAUAAAGCUUUGAAAGUUUAUCAUAGGGAAGAGUGAUAACUAUAUACAUAUCCGAGCAUAUAGCUUUACAAACUCGUAAGUAUACCUCUAGUCCUUUAACUACGACCACAAUGCAGUCAUAUACCUCUACAAUACAACGGAAUCUAAUACAGUUCAGAAACUAAUUAUUAUAGUUUCCCAAGAA